AUCACAGUGUUAACGACAGCUGCUUCACCCUCCGCAAACCGCCACCCCCUCCACUCCUCCUCCUUCUCUCUGUGUGUGAGUGAGUGUGUGCAGGAAGACGAAGCGGCAAGCAGGAGGAAGCACCAAGGACGUCCUUUUUCCAGCCCCAGGAGAGGGAGAUGCAAGGAGCGAGCAGUUAGAUUAGCCUGUGCUGCUGUUGCCUGCUGCAGGAUAAGUUGGUUCCGGAGGGUACUGCAGCUGAAGCUCUGUUCCCUGAUCCUUGAUUGGUGUGUGAGUGUGCCAGGAGGAUUUCAUCCAGUCGCCGGACGGAGAUCUGGCAACAAAGGACUUCUGCUUUUCCGCAACUAUUGAAUGUAACAUCGCUCGGAUAAGGAAGGCAGGGAAUUAAAAGCCAUCAUCAUGAAUUUCGUUAUGAAACAAGCGUUGGGAGGGGCCACCAAAGACAUGGGCAAGAUGCUCGGUGGAGAGGAGGAGAAAGAUCCUGAUGCUCAGAAAAAAGAGGAAGAAAGGCAAGAAGCGCUGCGGCAACAGGAAGAGGAGAGGAAGGCCAAAUAUGCAAGAAUGGAGGCAGAGAGAGAAAACAUCCGACAGGGCAUCAGGGACAAGUAUGGCAUCAAGAAGAAAGAGGAGAAGGAGGCUGAAGCAGCAGCUGCUAUGGAGCAGGCCUCCGAGGGUAGCCUCACCCGCCCGAAAAAAGCAGUUCCCACCGGCUGUGGCGACGAGGAGGAAGAGGAGAGCAUCGUGGAUACGGUCAUGAAAUUCAUCCCCGCACCACUCAUGGAUAUGUUCAAUAAAAAGUAACAGUGUUCUGGGCGAAAAAUGGUUAACUUCUUACAAUGUUCAUCUGAUCAAUGCUGUACCACCCUGCCCCCCCCUCCGAGCUGCAGCCACACCUCUCUUCACCUCCCUCCCACCCCUUCUAAGUGUCCCGGAGUUACAACAUGCUGUGAUUUUGACCUUAAAUUAAACUAUCUGAUCUCAGACAGUGAUUCAUACUUUUUAAUAUCAAACAGAGAUCUUCCUUGAUGAUUAUUAUCCUGUUUUAAAAAGUAUGCAACACCCACACAGAUCGAAUAUCUGUACUUAAGGCAAACUGACGCCAUGUUUCCAACAUGCCCGGCACUUAGAACACAGCCAGAAUCACCAUCAUCCACCCUUUUUGUUUGUAAAUAGCCUCGGUUAUAUAAAAAGAGUACUAUAUAUGAGUGAAAUAUGACGUAUAACAAGAUAACUAAGAGUAUAAGCCAUAUUUUUAACUUGUAAGAAAUUAUCCAAAUCAUAUCAAAAUCAAAUUGAAUUGUCCUGUUAUGUUCUUGCUAAUAUUUGAUACAUACAUUGUAUAUAAACUCUCAUUUUUAUUGGUUCUUCAUUGUUAGGCUCCGCCCCAUGAACUGUCCUCAUGUUCUCAUUGGUUUAUGGUGAAUGUGUAAUACGAACACCGUCUGUAAACCUUAAACGUGAAGGAAUUUAGUUGAAAUUUGUUUUGGGUUAUUUUUUAAGCAUGCAGUAAACUGUUGUGACGUGCAUAUAUGGAUACAUUUCCUUUGUUACGAUGAAGCUAAAUACACUGAAAUUUGAGGCAAUAACUGGUUUUCCAUUUUGAUUUGGUUCACAUCUCAUCCUGUACAGUGAGCAGCAGCUGACUUUGUGUCUAAAACGUUCUUCCAUGGAGGAAACUGUAAAUGUUCUCCAUAAACAGUAGGAUAAAACUCUUAAAAUUCUAUAAAUUCACUGGUUACAUAUUCUUGAAUUUAAAAGUUUUCUUCCGUCUUUGGUGUCGCUCACUCUCCUUUUUGAAGUAGGAAAUGUAAAAGUUUGGCCAGGCUAGCUCAUUUUGAAUCGUAACAUUUUCAUUAUUUUAUAUCUAAAGAGAAACUUCCCAAACACAAUGAUGUUGUGAAUACACAACAUGUGAACAGACAGUGACAAUAGUGCAAUAUAUUGUUCGAGAUGAAGUUGUCUUGUGUGCGUUGGUUUGACUGAUGGGAGUGAAGUCCCAAAUCAGCAAUAACAGACAAUCUUCAUUGUUGUGUGUUUAAAGUUAAUCCUCAAUGUUAGUCAGUGACAGGAGUGUCUCAGCUGCAGUAACAGUGACGCCGUCGUAGGUCAGACAUAUAUGAUUAAAGCAAAGAGAUGAUUUACUGAAUGUUGGGAACAUGGAGCAUCCAGGAUUUGUGUGUAAACUUACAAAGAGGCAGAUGGAGGUGCACAAAUCAAAGCUUCGAGCCACACGUUAAACUCCACCAUCGCACAAGAGCAAACACUUACCCGCCCUGCAGAGUUUACUCGGCCUUUCAGGGGGCUGUACAGGCUCACAUUUAAAGAGAAGGAAGGAAUCAGCUUUUUCUGCCUUUUUAAAAGAUUUCUCCACCAUUCCCCGCGUCUCGUUAAACAUUCCAGAUAUUUCAGACAUUCCACCAGACUCGAGCUGGUAACACAUGAACGUAGAUUCACACUGCACCUCAGUAAAUGCCUUUUCAGCCCACAAGUGCAUCACAGUGAAUAACUUCAAUUUGAUGCUGUUAUAACCCCAAAAACUGAUGCUACAGUGAAUCAAAUUCACACUUAAAAAAAAAAAAAAAAAUGACUGCAGAGUUAUUUUAGCUGCCGUGUAGGAAAAUCCCGCGUGAAGUCGAGGGGAAAUCAUAAAUGUGCUGUUUGCAGUGAUCAGUUAAAUCUUGUGACACAUUUAGUUGGAAAGUCCUUUAGUGAUCCACAGUAGCUGUAGGGGUUUGGAAACCAGCUGUUUUGCCACAUUAUGACUGUUUUUAUUAAGCUAGUUAAACAUGAAGCGACACUGAUUCUGCUUUCCUGUAAUUCUGUGGCGUAGACAAAGGGAAACUUAGCUUCUCUCUGUGUUUUGUGAGCUGUGUAAUCAUAGUCUAUACACACACACACACUUAUAUAUAUGCUGAAUAUGUUAAAAACAACAACAAAAAAAAAAAAAACAUGGCACGGUGUGGUAAGGUCCCCUGUAGAGCACAUUUAUUGGACUUCCUGUGAUUUUAUCGUGUCUGUAAACUGCCUUUGCCAGCCUCUGUUCCAACAGUGUGUUAGCAGUUAGAAGCCAGUAAGUGUUUCUUUCAUGCACUCGAAUCCAUCAUCGCAGCAGUUCUUCAGUCAAACCAAAGAAUAGUGGUGGUAGUGUCAGACUUACACAAGGGGUGUCAUUCCUAUUAAGUUACUGCAUAUCUGAUUUAUUUUGAAAUUCUCAGGUAUUCUGGUUACGUUUUUAUUGAAGUUAACCAUAACUAGCCUUCACCUAGUGUCUCAUUAGCUUCUUGGCUAAAGAAUUUAUUAUUUUCAUUGCUAGUGGUUUAUAGCUACAACCUUUAUUUAUGAGUCAUAUUUCUGUUUUUUGGCCCAAAAACAAUCUCGACAGCUACGAUUACUGCCCCUGUAAAGGACUCCCAGCGACACCUUAGCAAACAUCGUCAGCGUGCGCACUCUUUCAGGCUACCAGUGAGUCUUUCAGAUCAGCCUUCGCUUCUCAUCUGCUGACGCCAUCAUAAACUCAUCUCCCAUCAUCUUGUAAAUGUCAGCUGAUUGCGCUCCAAAUGGCUUUUUGAUCACUGCCGAAACAAACUGCCCGAGUCAUGCGUAAUCAGUAUCCUGUGUCAGAACCCCGGUCAGUCAUUUGUGCCGCUCAUACAGCCAUUAAUAGAAUUAAAAAGCUGCCUGUGAAACAUGGCACAAAAAAAGAGAAAAAAAAACUCCUGUGAUGUGACUUGAAUGUAACCGUCUGACGUUUCUGUCUCUUUUCUGUACUUGUUGAGAAGAUUCUUAGUCUGGUGCAGUAUUUUUUCUUUCCUGUCUGUAGCUGGUCCUGUCCUCUGGUGCUUGGUAUUUUCAGAAAAAACAAAAAAAAAAAAGUUCAUUUGGUGUAAUUUUUUUGUACUGCAAAAUCUUCUCACCCCCCCCCUUUGUUGACCAACAUGUAUGCAUGCUUAUGGUGUGCGAUGUAGGCAAGGUUGUUGAUAUAAUCGUUCUGUGUCCUCUCUGUGUUUCAAAGCUCCACCUGUUAGCCUCACUGCAUGCCAUUUUAGACGAAUACUUCAGUCUGUAACUUUCCUGCAAAAAUGGAAUCACCGCACACUGAGAAUAAAGUGAUUUCAUAUAAUUUUU